UGGUACAGCUCCGUACAGAUGACGAAUACGAUGCAAUGAUCUUCCGGUGUGCUUAGGUACUGCGAUAAUAUUCUUACGCGCCAAAUCCGUUUGUCCGUUUAACCGCUGUAAACACUGAGGGCGCGAUAAAUUUUAACCCGUUCGCCCGUGUAUCGGAUACGAACAGUAUUUCGACUCUGCCGACAAAAAUAUAACCGUCGUUUCCGGUCGCAAUAUGGCCGAAAGCUACAAUAAACCGCCGAAGCUGGACGAGGAGAGCGGUGCCUGCUGCAGCAACAACGCGGACGAGUACAACACGUUUAAAUCGUCCUUUGCUCAAGUACGUGUCAUUAUAUUAUUUUCACGUUUAGUUUCGAAAUGUCACGGCUGCGGAUCGGAAAAUGAUCUUCAAGCGUCCCUGCGCCGAUAAGUUGUUGAACCGAUAAUUGAUUGGCGCGAACAGCCGUUAUUUUUUACGGAACACCUAACAUUAUUAUGUUUAUAAUUUAAACUCACAGGCAUUGAUCAUUCAUAAUCCGACUAACCGAAAAAUGCGUACGAUUUUGUCGUUUGUCAAAAAUAUAAUUGAGAGAGGUGUAAGAGUAUUUCGGUCGAAUAUUCGUGGUAUAAGGAAUUGUUUUUUUUUUGAAUUGUCUCAAUGCGGCUGUAAUAAAGUUUGACGACGAGCUUUCGUUCGUCGAUGUGAACUCUAUUACAGCUAUAAUAUGCGAUAAUUUGUACAACAAGGAAAACGAUAUUAUAUUUCACGAUUAAAAAAUAUUUCUGAUAACAAUAAUAUGAUGUGUUUCGACUUUUUGAGAACGCACAGCGAGUUUUAGGGUAUUAGCCAUACGUAAUAUCGGUAUUGGUAUAAUAUAUGAAAUGAAAAAAACAAAUUGUAAAAAAAAAAUGCUGAUACUGCCGAUGGGUGACCAAUGAUUUCGUUCAUGUGUAAUUAUGUGUAAUUUAUAUAUCUGUACGCAACGAUGAACGAUUCUGAGCAUUAUUAAUCGUAUUUUUAACCUGAUCUGACCUGACCUUACUUUGUUGCCAAGGGAACCCAGAAAUCGAUAAAAAUUGCCUGAAAUCCCAUUCGUUAGAAAAGCUAAAAGGAAAAUCAAAUAAUGACCUCCCUAAUACACCGACUCGAUCAGCAACUGGUACAAGAAGGUAAACGAUUUUAAUUGGUGCAAGAUUUCUGGUUGGAUUAUUUUUCGCGGACACAAAAAAACACACAUAGUAAAACCAAUACGUUUCUCGUUUCGCCUAGAAAAUCGCAAACAUCGUUGGCUCCGCGCUUGAAUGAAAAAGUCUACCGUGAUGUUCCAUCACGGACCACGACUCUGAAUGCGUAUAAUAAAUUAUCGGUGUAUUUUGCUAGAAAAGUACAAACUGAUAGCGUGUGCUUUGUUCAACAGUAUGAACAGUCUAAAACGCGUGUGAAUUUAACUUGUAUUCGAUUUAAAGUACACUCUUGAUAUACAUCAACCCAUUUACCGUUAGUUAUCUGCAAACUAAAAAGUAUAAAUUAAAUUAUGUAAAUAAAUGUUUUUAGUACAUUCUUUUCGACCAAUCCAAAUCGUUUUGCCCAGUAUUUUAUAAAACGACCUAUAAUGUUAUUUUAAAUUUUUUUUUUUUUCUACAUUUCCAACGGAAUUAUAAAAUACAUUAAAAUAAACCACACGUUUAUUAGCCCUUUGAACGCAUAUUUCGGUCCGCGUUCUCUUAAUUUAUUCGCAACCAUCAAUGCGAUUUAUUCGGAAACGGUUAAACGUAUAACGAUUAAAAAUACAACAUCUACACGAGCGCAAAUUAUAGACUGCGGAAUCGCCUACGUACGACUGCGUGCAAUGAGUACAAAACAUUGGUCGUAUCAAAAAAAAAAAAAAAGAAAAAACCAACUGACAAACAAAUAUGAAAAUAAAAUAUUUUACAACAAUAUAUUGGAAACCGGAUUAAUGAUCGAACGAAUAAAUGUAUUAUUGUCAACAACUCGUUGACUGUACGACUGUAUGCGACCAAACUUCACGUUCGGUUUUUAAACGCCGCACACAAAUUAUCGCGAAAGUAAAAAAUUAUCAAUUGCAUCGGUUUUCGCUUCAUAAAAGUGUGUAAAAAACAUGUUUUUGUUUUUGUUUAUUUAAUCUAUACUGCCGGCCAUACGCAAACCGAUUAUUAUUCUUCCGAUGUUUGAUACGGAAAAUGCGUAUCAAUGUUUAGUUUUGGAUCGUGUGGCCAAUACGUGUCCAAAUAAUAAUAUUUGUUAAUAACACCGAACAGUGAUAAUAUUCGAUGUAGUUAAUUUAUAUCAUAAAUCUAUUAUUCAUCGUUUAUCAUUAAAUAAUUACUACAAAUAAGCGCGUGCGGCGAAAUAUUAAAUUAAAUAAGAAUGGGUUACUUAAUGGAACCGCGUAAACAGUUUUCUUUUAAGGGGGGGGGGAGGGAAAUUUGAUUUUAUACUCAGGGUGUCCCACGGAGAUCUUAUCAAAACUUCGUUUUUUUUUAAAAAAUACUAAUCAUUACUAGAGCCUUGCGCUACGUUAAAUUUAUUUUUAACUAAAAAUAAACUCCGGUACUAUAAAUUUUGAUGAUGGAGUCAUUAAUUUUCUGAACAAUUUUCGAAUUUUAUGGAAAUUUAAAUAAAGUUUUCAUUUUCACUAUAUUGACAUUAUCGAUUUACCGAUUGGUCGAUGAAAAUGAACUCUGAUGAGAUUUUAUCGGGUUGAAUUUCAAUAUGCAUUUCAUCGUGUUGAUGUUGCGGGACAGUAGCGAAUCUAUAGAAGAGGGGAAUAUGGAGUCCAGGGAGUCUGGUUCCUCCAGACAACGAUAUAAUUUCAGUAAAAUAUCUAAAAAAAACGAGCGAUCUAUUAAUAAAUAACUUUGAAAUGCAUAUGAUUUUUCAGGACCACUCCCUAAAAAAUGUCAAAAAUGGCUGCUGGAGCAGGGUGAUUUUUUUAGUUCUAAAGACCAAAAUUCAACCAGCCCUGCAGAUAACCCCGAACGAAUCUAAGGGCAAUAUCGAACAUUUUUAUCAAGGGUAUGACUUUCAAUGACCGCCCCUACGGUUUUCAUGCUCAAAUGUUACAAUUUCUUUCUUUCUUUUUUUCUGAAGUAGUAUCAUAUAAUAUAUAUUAUAAUUUAGUGGUGUUGUAUACUAUCACGGUACCUCUAGAAUAAUUAGAAUUAACAGAAUAUUUCCAUAAUGCGAAACGAGAGGUGGAAAAGUGGGGCGACAAAGUCAAGAUUCGACGGGAGUUCUGUUCUUGUGAGUCAUUUUGCCGGGCCGCAUGUCGGCCCCGAUCAGAUUCGAACGUAAAUGUAAUUACUUAUUAUUUUUAUUCGUUUGGAUAAUCCAGUGGUGACCAACUACGGCCCACGGGCCGGGUCCGGCCCACGGUCAUUUAAUAAUAGGCCCGCCAAAGCAUUAAAUAGAAAUUGAAAAAAAGAAAAUAACUUCAAAUUUCAAAAAUUAACACUCACAUUAAAAAUACUUAACAUUUUUUUUUUCUCGUUUAUAACGAUCAAUAAAUGAUGAAUAAUUAAAUAAAACGCCGCACAGUGAGAUUAUGUACCUACAAUAAAAUACAAUAUUCCAUUAACUUAAUGGCCCGCCAAGAAUUUUUGUUAAAAAAGGUAAAAGAAAAGUCGGUAUCACUACUGGGAUAACCGAAACGAUGGUAAACGUUUUGACUGUUGCACUCUCGAUUUCGAUCAUUUACAUUAACAACGGCCUUUCCAAAGCCGAAAGGUUGCGAUAUUGUAAUAUUUAUCAAGAAACAGACCGGGGUCCGCGCGUCAUUGGAGCGUAUAGAAAGCCGGAACAACGCCGUCAAGGAUCUUUGGUAUUAAAAUAAUAAUCUCAGAAACUAGAUUGAUGUCGACCUCACGCUGUGCGCUUAAAUAAUAUAAUAAUAAUAAUAUUUUAUCGUAGCAAAAUACAAGUAUCAUAUACGCGAAUGCCGUUCGUACACACGUGAAUAUAGAACACAUGAAUACACGUCGAUGUCGGGCCGCGCGGGCACUUCUUAUAGUAUACGAAUGCGUAAUAUCCGCCGUCUCGUCGUGCCCGACAGUCGAACGAAACGUAUUUCAAUAUAAAUUUUCAAAAAAAAAAAAAAAAAAAAAAAAAAAAAAAAAAAAAAAAAACGAGAACAAAAAAAGUAUAAACGAUACAAUAUAACGAGGUCGGGCGGUAUGGAUAACGGCCGCGACGCGAAUCGCGCAAAAAGUUCGACUUCCGACGGACCUUGUCCGCUCGCGGGUAUAACGUUAUAACUAGGGUUAGGAUGUUUCUAUGCAUUUAAAAUCUGCAAAAAAGCGUUUAAAUCGUCAAAAAAAUCACAUAAAAGUAUUUAAAAAAGCAAAAGUAGCAGAGGAUUCUUAAAGUCCCUCCUCUAACGGUUUGAAUCCUACUUUUUUUUUUCAAUAACACGUAUAAAUUUAUUUGAAAAAAAUUACUAUGUAAUAAUCAUUUUUGUAGUUAAAAAUAGUUUUUAUUUAAUAAGUUAGAAUCAUUAAAGGACUUUCAAACCCCUCUACCAUUAUAUUUCUUUUAAAUAUUUUUUAACUUAUCUUUUAAGACUUUUUUUGACGUUUUUAAGCUCGUUCUGUGGAUUUUAAGUGCAUAAACGUCCUAAUCCUAAUUAUAACAUUACGAUUUCGAUCGAAUUAAAAACGUCAUGUAAAACUACGAUUGUACGGUCAAAAUUAAAAAAAAAAAAAUCCGUAAUCGCACUGCUUACACUACUAAAGAGCAGAGGCGUGGUGAGUACGUAGGCGGAAAUCGGAGGGAGUUUGGAAGGAACCGAGCCGACCCCCAGGAGUUGAAAAUAGAGGUUGCAAAUAUUCAUAAAGCCACCGACAAUAAAUAUUGUAUUAUAAACGUAUUAUUGUACAAUUUAUUCGUGAGAAAUAUUACCUUUUUUUAAAACCGUUUAAAUUUAAAAUGUGCAACAAAUAAUAAUGUUUUUCUAAAAAAUUAAAAUUCAUAAUUCUAAUUGUCAUAUUAAAGUGUGCAAUGUAACGUAAAAUUAUACAAUUGCACUCGAAGAAAAUUGAAAUAUAUAAAAAAAUAUUCUUAGUAAGGAAGUUCUUUGUGAGCGGUGUUAUAAAGUACUUACAUCAUAACAUUUUCGGUUCGAGUAAUUAUUAAAUCAUAGUCUUUUUCUUUUUUAAUAAUUUCUGUUUUGAAUGUCGUUUUAAACUCUCCUCUCCUCUCCCCCCCUCUCCCAGAAUUACGCCGCAUUUCCGCCAACGGUUGAGUGCACAUUUCCGGUCACUGGAAUCAAGUGAAUUCCGCUGACGGGGAAGUACUUAAAACUAAUGGCGAUUACCAACACGGGCAGAUAAUAUCGGCUCACGGCUUUUUUCCGGUAAUGUAGAAAAUAUUUCGGCUGGCCACUACUCAAAAUCAAUAAUCUACAAUGUUCCGCGAUCGAGCGAUAGCAGGUAGGUACGCGGUGGAUGAAUCAUAAAACAAACUGUGUGUGAAAAAAAAAAAACACACACACAUACGUAACUAAAUGUAAACAAAAAAUGUAAAAAAAUCGUUUCAAAUCGAAAUCGAAUAAUCGUUGUGCAGCGUGAUUAAUGACGCGCUAUCCGGUAGAUAUCUGCAGCUGUAUAGUGGUAAUAAUAUCGUAAACCGUCGUAAGGUCACACGACGUAAAAAAAAAAAAAAAAAAAAAAAAAAAAAAAAAAAACGAAAGUUCAACCGCGACUGCGCGUCGUCGCGCGGGCGUGUGUAUUACGUACGUCGCGCACGCCGCGAGAUCUAUUGUGCGAAAAAGGAACCGGACCGCCGUAGAUCGCUCACGUACGCUUUGUUCCGGCCCGAUGUAUUCCGCCGAAAACGCAACGCAAAACGGAUUUCGUUUGUCGUUCUUGCGGUCGGCUUUCUCCGAUCGCGCCGCGGCCGCUUGCCGCGCGCAAUAACGGCGCGCGUCGCGUACGGGAGGAACAAGACGGAAAACGAAAAAAAAAUGACGCGCGCAACGUCGCGGCGAAUGGGUUACCCGCGUAAUACGAUUGCGUUGCGCUAUGCGCGCCGCGACGAACGGACGAGAGGAACGGCUUAGUGCGGCCUUCUAGGGUAAAAUCGCCCCGGGCGCGACAUUCGCGCGUACAACGCUGUACUAUUAUUAUUAUUAUUGUUAUUACUGUCGGUCGACGAGAGACGAAAAAAAAAAAUAAAAAAACGACGAUAAUAAUAUCGUAAUACUCCGAGUACCGGCUUGCGGCGUUAACGAUAAAAAAAAAAAACCGCAGACACAAAAAACCGACCGGAACGGCGUCGCGCGAGAAACGCAUCCCGAUCGGAACGUUGUGGCGUCGCGUCCGGCGAGGGUCUAGUUCAGAUUGGGAACCGUCAGGCGUGCGCGUAGGCCCCGAUUUUCGGCGUUUCGCAAAACGCGAGCCGCCGAGCUCGCGAAACACUGAUAAAAACGCACUCAAAUUGUUGAAACGCGUCUUGCCAACCGUUUAAUUGAAAAUGUGAUAUUUCCACUCGAAAUUCUAAAUUGAAUUGCAACCGCUUAAAACGCGUGUGCGCGCAUUCCGCAAAUAUUCGAUUCGGCUCGUAGUACGGUUUUUGCGGACCCCCCGGCAUGCGUAGCCGCUCGUUCUCACCCAUCGAUCCGGGCCCGGCGUUUGGGGUAGGCAGCCGCGUACCCCGCGUACCGCCUGCGCGCGCCUAUUUUCGGAGCGCGACGAGGAAUGUAUUGGUUUUACGAUGGUAUUUAUUUUUUUACAUCCGUUUUCCUAAUAAAUGGGAAAAACCGUAGAAAAACGGGGAAAUUCACGAAAUAACAGUGUACUAUUUUUAAAUUGCAAAUACAUUACGGUCUUACAAAACGUGUACAACCGAACUCCGUUCAGAAUCGUUUUUCGUUAUCAACGAUUGAGCAACGAGUUAUACAUUAAAUUCUCCCUCUACCUUCCCGUAUUCUUUACCUAUACAACAGUGGCCCGCCCAUCGUGCGAAGUAUGUCCGUUUUUUUUUUAAUCGUCUUUUAUAAUUUAAUAAAUUAAUUACAAACUACUAAACAAUAGUAUGAUACUUUAUAAACCGAAAACACGAUUAAUGCGAUGGAUACCCAUUCUGAUAAGUCAAUCUACAAUUUGUGUUGCACUAAUACAAAACAAAAAGACGGAUAUACUUCGCACUUGGGUGGGCCACCGUUGUAGGUGAGAAGUUAGAAAGUCAGUAAUGGGGAAAUUUAAUGUUUAUCUGUACGCAACGAUUAACUAUUGCCAAUGAAAAAACGAUUUUGAUCGGAGUUCGUUUGAUAAUGUUGCUUUAUCAACGAAACUCCGUUUUAUGCGUUAUUUAUUUGCAUUCGUAAUAUUUGUUUAAUAUUUUGUAUCCCGUUUUCCCGUUUAUUAUGAAAACAGUUGGGAAAAUUGAAAACGACCUCCCCAUAAAGUACCUCCAUAGUAAGAUUUCCUUUCAGAAAAGUGCUAUCAUUGUAAAUAGAAGGGAAAUCGCUAGUAGGAAAGUUGUUCACAGAUGAAAAAAAAAAAAAUACAACAUAAACAUCAUUGUAAAACCAAUACAUUCUUCGCUCCCUCCAGAAUCUAAAUGCUUUAGCGUGCAUUGUGCACAAUCAUUCAAAAAUACCGUUUGGUGUAAUAACAAGAAAAAUGACCGGAGACAUGUUUCUUGCCCAAAUAAUAAUCGCAUGUUUAAAAAAUAAAAUCGAAUAGAUAAGUUACACGAUUUUUCAUGGGUUCUACACGCAUUACUCGUUUACAUUUUAAGUACCCAAGUGUAUUAUUUUACGGUGCAUCAACAAAAUAGCUUCGAAUUGUAUUUGUUUACUUUUUUCGAAAAUUAGAUUUCGGCCUACAUUGCCGGGAGAAUCGUUAUAUCAAUUAUGGGAACUGUAUCCGAGUAUAUAGUAAUUUUUGUUCCUCCUGGACAAUUGUUCUGGACAAAUUGUUAUUACACUGUUAAGCAUGAUAAUAAUAUAUUAUUGGAAUAUUAUACGAUAUGAUUGAUACAAAAUGUAAAAUAUCUUAUUUAAAAUCAAGUUAUUUUCUUGCGAAACACUUUGAAACGUUAAUGGUAAUAGGGAUUAGUAUACCAUAGAACAAUACGAUGCCUAGAUCAAUGUUGGAUAACAAUAUGGCGGUCCGUUUGUAUAGAUAACACUGAUGGCCAGGUCAAACAAUCAACACGCAUUACGCGGUUGACCGCUCUUUUAUGGGCUCUCGUGCAUUCACUAUCAACAAAUCGCGCAAUCAUUACACUAGAGUAAUAAAUCAAUGUUGUAAAUCGUAAUUAUUGAUUUUUUUUUUUUCCAAAAAUAACGUUCAAAUUGACGUUUUAAACUAUAAUACUAAUUGAUACGCCGUUUGUUAAUAACAUCGUUGAUGUUUGCUUGGCUCUCAGUUUCUAGUCAUAGCGUUUUACGAUAAAUUAACAGAUAAGUUAACCAUGGUUAUCUUUUUUACAGUGAAUUCGAUAUAGGCUAUUGUUUUCAUUACGCACUUAGGCAUGUGUAUUUUCCCACUCGGAAUACACUUCUCGGUUAGUAAAAACCGAUUAGAUUUCCGCGUGCAAUUUCUAUACCUUCAGAAUGUUUUUUAUUUUAGAUUCCGAGCGUAGCGAAAGAGCUAUUGGUUUUAGAAUGCUGUUUAUUUCUUUUUCUUUCUCUGUUCUUUGUUCUAAUUUGUGGACACGCUUUUUCCUAGUAAACUUGCUCUAAUGUAGAAGUAUAGCAUCUUUUUUGAAAGGUCAAGUUGUCUAGAUUGUACUUUAAACUGGUCAUUUUUUUGAUUUUCGACGCCAUUUUUAAAUAAAAGCACUUAGGUGGGAUAAAACGUAGGAAAACGUAGAAUUUCACGAUUCAAUUAUUUUAUAAAAACACGGAUGCCGUUUUCUACCAGAAAAAAUGAUUUAAUCGAAAAAUCACAGAAUACCUUUUUUGUUGUUUUAUUGAUUUACUUUCUUACGGUGCAAUCGACAAAACUUUUGAGCCACUUUUGAGUUUUUAAGAAGUUUUAAUUUUUGGGAGUUUUUUACUGUAAUUCGGUUAUAAAUACACGUAGAAACUUGAAACUAGAUAAUAAUACUUAUAUUAGAAUUAAUUAGACGUGGCAAAAUUUCCAAAAUUAUCGGACGACUUUUUUUCUUUAAUAAACGUUUUGAAAUCAUAUUUAAAUGAAAACGGAAAAAAAAAUUACGGCACUUCAAAUUAUGUACUACCGAACUACGCUCCGAAUCGUCUUUCGUCAAGCAAUGUUUUAUCGUUCCUCACAGAUAUAAAUGAAACGACCUUAUGUAUCCUACCUUUUCAACUUUUUAAUUUCAUAUUUAAUACUUAAAGAAUGUACAACACGCAUGUGUUGUAUCCGUCUUAUAAACGGGCGACAAUUGUAUAAUUUUCGUUCGUCGGCGACAACUCUGUGAUGCCAGUUUUAAUAUUAGAGUGAAUCGACUUGUUAUCAUACUUAAAGACAGCAAAAUUAUCUGUGUGAUGUUGACAUUAUUUUUUCAUAAUUUUGAUUUUUAAGCGAAACACGAGUGUGUGAAGUAUUGCUAUUUAAAAGUGCUUGUAUCUCGCUUAAAUAUUUUUGAAAAAAACGACGACACGACACAGAUAAUAUUGUUGUCUGUUAUGUUUAAGACGGAUACAGCGCGUGCUCGUGUAACUUCCUCUCAAAGGCGCGGAUUUCAAAAUCUGACAAAUUUCGACUAUAAUAUCGUUGAUUGAUUUGUGCAUUUAUAGAUCGGUACGAUUUGCGUGCAAAACGUGAUUAUGUUGGGAUUCGGGAUGUCGCUGGCCAUACCCACAGUAGUCAUAGGGGAACUGAUGUCGGCGGACGGUGGCGGAGCAGCCGGCGAUAACGACCUGGCCCUGACGGAAACGGAAGCGUCGUGGUACGGUAGCGUACUGCUGGUGUGCCACCCGACGGGCGGACUGCUGUCCGGUGUCCUGCAAGAGCUGAUCGGCCGGAAGUGGUGCAUGGCCGCGGUCAGCGUGCCGCAGCUGGUCGGCUGGUACGUGCUGUGGAAGGCCGAAAACGCGUUCGAGCUGUACGUGUCGUGCGUGGCCCUCGGCCUGAGCAUGGGCCUGAGCGAGGCGCCGGUCCUGACGUACGUGGGCGAGACGGUGGAGCCCAGGCUCAGGGGUCCCCUGUCUUCCGUGUCCACGUUCACCAUCAUGUUGGGCUCGUUCGUGGCCUAUCUCAUGUCCACGGCCCUACCGUGGCGGACCAUCGCCAUGAUCAAUAUGGCCGUGCCAAUCGUGUCGUUCGCAGCCGUCGUGCUCCUGGUAAGUGUACCCGUACAAUAAUAAAGGUAUUCAUCUCCCGAUCGGGAAACUAUGGAGCUAAUCGCGUCUGUAAUAUGUGUACGGGCAAACUAGUGAUGGAAAAAAUCCGGAAUCUGAAAGUGUAUUUAAAAUCAUGAUUUCGGAUUUUGGAUUAUUUUUAGUCAUUUUUCAUACGAUUCAAAACCUAAUCAUAACUCUACAUUUUGAAAUGCUCUUGUUUAAAGUCCGAAAUCCAGAUUUUUCCGAUUCUCGGAUUAUCCGGAUUCGUGUAACAUUCAUGGCGUCGUUUUCGGUAACGGACGUUUCGUGUAUACUUAAUAUAUAUAGACUCCUGAAUCGCCAGUAUGGCUGCUGUCGAGGAAUCGGCCAUCUGAGGCGAAGAAAUCGUUGGCCUACCUGAGGGGAUGCGUGAGCACCGAUGAAGUGGAAGACGAGUUUUCUGAACUGUCCAUCUACACGGGAUUCGACAAGUCCGUCGAUCCCGAACAGUACGCCGAUUGCGGAAUGGACCAGAGGCGUCUGUCGUACGUCAAGUACUUGCAGAUCAACACCAACGACACGGUCAGCGGUUAGUGAAAUUUCCGUAAAAUUAUAUUUACAAAUAGGACUGUGAAUUUGUUGAAAAGUGCAUUUUUUUUCCAGUGUUUUCUAAACCAUAAUUUUUUAACGUAAAAUUGUCAAUCAACUUACAACGAAUUCAAUUGUGAAACUUAUAUUUGGCAUUCGUUUGAAUUUGUCAACGUUUUAAAUUUUUCGAGUCGUUAGUUAACUUUUAAAAACAUUUAUUUCUCCUUUUAAUUCAUAUUGUACCGCUAUUCUUUUUUUCCCGUUUCUAUUUGAAUCGCAUAUUUUUUAGUUAACACAUUCCAUAAGUAUUCUCAGCAUCCUUAUGUAUACUUGAUAUUCUCGUUUUAAAAUAUUUUACACGAGUUAUAUACGAGUAUGUAAAUGUAUAUGUAAGAACAAUGUUUGAUUUGUCAGAAAUCAAAAUAAGAAUAAUCGCAUUUAAUCGCGUUUUUAAUGCAUUUUUAAAGUUUAUAGUGCAUUUAAUUCACAGCCCUAUUUAUAAAUACUUAUAGAAGUAAACGAAAAAAACAAUGUUUGUAAAAAGUCACCGAUAAUUUAAAGUUUGUUUUCGAUUUUUUUUUUUUUUUUUUUGUUCAUAGCCGAAAUGGACAUGCUCGCCAACCGCAAACAAAACACUAGUUGGCUGAACGCGGCGAAGGACUUUUGGACACCAGAACUCCACCGGCCGUUCCUGUUCAUAAUGCUAUUCUUCUUCUUCUGGUCGUUCGCUACAUUCAUACCGGCCAAACCGUAUCUCAUAUCCGUGUUCCAAGAUGUUGGUUUGCCAUGCACGGCUCAUUGGACGCUGGUCUGUUGUUAUAUGUUUACUUUAAACAGUUGAUUUUUUUCAUUUCGUAUUCAAGCCAAAAACCUAAAACGGAAUGGACUGAUAGUCCCCUGUACCCUGAUAGAGAAUGUUUAAGGAAAUCAUAGACGACAGGCGUGAGAGAGAACAGCUGAUUUUCUUCCUACGCCAGACGUCAAAGUACUCGGGAAGAGCUCAGCCCGUGAUUGAACAUUAAAAUAUUUCCACCAUAGCUCCGCCCGUCGGCACGCAUGGACCGACGACUGCAGAUAAAAUUAAUAAUGACCAUUUCAUUUCCAUGAUGUUUGUUUUUUUUUUUCUUGUGUGAUAUCUUAAUGUUUGUCUGACCCAAUCUGAAAACGUUGGAUUUCAUAUCUCUCCUCCUUAUACUACAAUAGUAUAAAGAAUGAUACAUAUAUAUAUUUUUAUAUGAUUUUCAAAAUGAUAACUCAUGCAUAGAAACAAGUUCCUUACAAUUAACGAUAACAGUACUUCGUUUUAUAUUUUUAAUUUAAUUCGUCUCAUCAUGUAGUAAAUCUCUCACAUUGAGUUUUUAGAAUAUUCGCCUCACCAUUAAUUAGGUUCACGAGCCACCCCACUCCUGGUGAAUUCACAUUUAAAUACGCAAAUACUCUAGUCUCUUUAUGCUACACCACAGUUUAACAACUAAUAAUAUAAUAUAGGUUAUGUCGUUUGUAAUAAUAUAUUAAGCGUUUCAAUUUUAUUUUCAUAGGUUUACACUUCGAUUUUAACAAUGGUAGGAACGUUCAUGAACAUGUUCACCGUCGGUAAGUUCGGCAAACGUCCUAUCACAUUGGUCUCGAUGGCGCUCUGCGCUUUCUCGAUGCUCGGAAUCGGAAUGCACAUGGUCGUCGAAAAGUAUUUCUCGUUUUCGUGUGCUUGGAUACCGAUGGUAUUGAUGAACACCCUGUUCUUUUUCUCGGGCUACGGCGUGUUUCCCAUUCCCUGGAUGCUAGUCAGCGAAAUUUAUCCGACAAAGUGAGUUUAACCGCAAUAAUUUUUACCGUCUAGUCGUAGUCGCGAUACGGCCACGGCAUGCCGGGUUAUGUAAGGUUAGUUAGGUUAGGUACUAUUGAUUUUCGUGGCGGGCAAACAAGAUAAUUUCAGGGGUGACGAUCGUCUCGUCACCCUCUCUCAACGUCGCCACUCGUAAAUAGGACACUUUAAAAGUCCUAAACGACUAAAGAUGUUGCAUUUUAAUUUCUUCUGAACAUUUUCAGAAAACAUUCAAUUAUGACGAAAAGUACCGAAUUUCAUGAUUUUAAGUCAACAUUUUUAAAAACAUUACUGAAAAAAUUGAACUACAAGAAAUAUAUAUUUACCGUGUAAAUUUUGUCAUAAAUUUAAAUUUAAAACGUUUUUACAAAUAAUUUUAAACGUAUAGUUGUUUUUUUUUCUCUAUCAAUAAAAUGAUACAACUUAUGAUAAACUAUAUAUUACCGAAAAUUUAAUUCGUAUGAACCGAAAAUUACCCAUUGGGAAAAGAGUAAAAGUUUAUUUUACAGUUUCGUUAAAAUAUGAUCUUAAAACGGUCAUAAAAAACUCCUAUAUUACUCUAAACUUUUGUUUUUACCUUUAAGUUAAACUAUAGUGAACCUCGAAUUAAAUUUUCAAGCAUUUGUGUUUAACCAAACCAUUGUAUCCACAGAAUACCUCUACAAACCUCUUUUUUGUUCAAAGCAAGAUUUCUAAUAGAAAAGUUCCCUUCUUACGCUAAGAAUCUAAUAGCAUAUUUUUAAUCUCCAAUAAGCGAAACGGAUAUCUAUUUCACUCGGUUAUCUUUUGGACUUGCCGAAAUCCUAUAACAUCCUAACCCCGGAGAUACGUGUAUUUUUUUUCAGGGGUCGCGGCAUAGUGAGCGGAUUGACGGCCGCGUUGGCGUUUCUGAUGACAUUCGUCUUGACGAAAUGGUUUUUGGAAAUGGAAGCGUGGUUCACCCUCGCCGGGUUAUUCAUCGUUUACGGGGCCAUAACCGUGGUCGGAACCCUGUACCUGUACGCGUGCAUGCCCGAGACGGAAAACAGAACGCUACAGGAGAUCGAAAAAUUUUUCGUCGGAGAUCUGGACGAUUACAGCCAUGAUCGCGACGAACUAAACGCAUAAUAACGAUUUUUACCUACGAGGAUCCGAAACGAUAUUCCUAACAACAUUUAUUUUAGUUUUCGUCUCGAACUUCGAACGAGUUCGAUAAAUUAUUGUAUUUUAUGCAUCGAUUGUACCAAUCUGUAUUUAUUUAUUUAUUUAUUUAUUUAUCAAUUUAUUUAUUUAUUUAUUGUUCAAUAAACCGGGA